ACUGUACGCACAUAGAUGAAAGAUAGAGCUGUAUCGUUCUCCAGGGGUAGAGCAACUUAACAAAUAACAGACCAGAGUCACCUGUGUGUACAUGGACACACUAAUAUCUAAAGAGAUAUAGAGAUGGUAGAAUCACAAAUAUAAGACGGACUGUGGGAACACACAUGCUAAGACGAGGAGCACAUAUGAGCACAUUAAGAAAUACUGGAGUAUGUCUCACUCAUUAGCACGUUAAUCUAGCUACAGUCUGUUUGACUUUUGGAUUACACAUUGAUCCAGUGGCCAAAAUGGCAAUAGCAGCGUUGGAGUUCAUGGGAUACUUUUUGGGCAUCUUUGGCAUGUUCGGGACCCUGGUAGCCACUCUUUUGCCAUACUGGGCAACCUCAGCGCACAUUGGUGCUAAUAUUGUGACUGCAGUAGUCAACAUGAAAGGUCUGUGGAUGGAAUGUGUCUAUCAGAGCACUGGAGCCUUCCAGUGUGAGACUUACAACGGCAUUCUGGGGCUCACGGCUGAUCUACAGGCAGCCAGAGCUAUGAUGGUCAUCUCCUUAAUUUUUUCAGUCAUGGCGCUCGCCGUGUCCACCAUUGGCAUGCAGUGCACUGUAUGUAUGGAUGGUUCCUCGGUCAAGAGCAAGGUGGCUGGGGUAGGUGGCUCCCUCUUUCUCCUGGCAGGGCUCUUGUCUUUGAUCCCGGUGUCUUGGAAGACCCAUGAGGUGGUCCAAACCUUCUACACCAAUAACAUGCCUCCCAGUCUGAAGUUUGAGAUAGGAGACUGCCUAUAUGUGGGGCUGGCUUCUUCUCUCAUGUCCAUGUUAGGUGGAGGGCUGUUAAGUGCAUCCUGUUGCGAUGACUUAGAUGGUGGUAGGGGAACCAGGCGACAAUACCCAUACCCUGACCGCACUGGGAUCGGGAUGUCACGUGGAGCGACCCAUUCAAUGCCCUACCAUCCACCCAUUCUGCAGUCUGCCGCAAACCACAACGUUGCCAACAAGAGUCAGACGCUUAACAGCCAAACCAGCACCAGUACCCAUUCUGCCAUGCUAGCACCAGCCCAUGAUGCCAGCAAAUCAACUCGGCAGAAUACAGCUGCUGGGUAUGACGUCACAGGUUAUGUCUGAAGGAUUUGUGUUAUACUUUUGGUUUGUACCAUUUCUCCUAAAAGGGCUAUUGUGAUUAAUCCUUGAACCAUGUAAAGACUCUUAUAAUAGGCAAGAUGUUUGUUUGAUCAAGGCACAAGCAGAAUGGAUGCAUUGCCAAAGAAAGAACUGAAAACUACGAAUUGAACUGAAAAGCAAGGCACACAAAAGUGCUUUGGAUUAUUUCAUCACAUGGAUGAAAAAUUCAUAAAAUGCUGGUCUUUUUUUUGUUGUGUGCUGAAAUAAAUAUCAAGAUGCUUUUUUAGAGAGAAAACAAUCAAUAUGUAUCAACGAAACUACGCCUGUGCCCUUGUAAAGAGAUAUUUUGUCCUCUUUGCAAACAAGCAGAGCUAAUAUUUCACAAUGACCCCUUUAGCUACACUGGGUCAGUCCUUGAGAACAGUGAGCUAAAAGUGCACUCAAACAUAUUAAAUGUUUUGGAUUCACAGGUUUUUGUAUGACUGUUUUACAUAUAAUUGCUCAAGAUGUUAAUAACAGAUAUUUUCUCUUUCCAAAUCAAUAUGUACACCUAAUUAAGCACAAAAUUAUCAUAUUCAGUUUAUUAAUAAUGAUGAUGAGGAUGUUCAGCAGUCUGUAGCACCUGUGUGUAUUACGCAUUGAUCUUGGAAAGCUGUUAUUAUUUGUCCCAAAUGCUUUUAAUACUGCAGUUUUCUCAUAUCAACCAUAAAGCCCUGCAGAACAUCUCUGCAUUGGUAUGCCACAGACAUUCUCAGUGCUGCAAUGUUCCCUGCUCAGAAGCACAUUCAAAUGUUAUGUAUAACAGUAUGUUAAAGGGAUAGUUUACUUUCUCUAGACGUUUACUUGAGGAAACAUUUAGAGGAAUGUUGCUGCUGCUCUCACAUAUAAUGCAAGUGAAUGGUGACUGAGACUAUCAAUCUGCCUAUUCUGUAUCUCCUUUUAACUUUUAUGAAAGAAAGAAAGACAUACAGGUUUAGAACAUGAAUAAAUUAUGACAACAUUUUCAUUUUCUUUUUUUGUAAUUAACCUUUUUUAUUGAUUUGUACAGUAAAUAAAGAAAAGCAAAACUAUGUGAUUUUCGAUGAUUUUUUAAAAUCUUU